CGAUUGGAAAAGUAAGGCGAAGAGCUGCGAUGACAUAAAAUAUUCAAGGAUGGCAAAUAGAAGCCAAAUGUACGCCCUCCCAGUGUCGUGAUUACCUUCUCCCUGCGUGGCAGCAAUAUAAUCUUCCAGCCACGCAUCUCUCGCUACCUCGCAUAGGGUGUGUUCCUCCAACUGCCUGCGCGUAUACGUAUGUGUCUGUGCUUCAUACUUGUCAAGAAACGGCAAAAGGUGCUCCGCAUAGUAUCCCCAUGCAUGCAAGCCAGCGUAACAGCCCGUUUGCCUGUCUUGCACCGUGUGCCUGCGAAUAGCUCCACCUCCCCCAGUCUCUGCGUAUGCCUCCGGCUGCACCGAAACAUUAUGAUUUCCAACCUCCUUGUGUAGCUCAUCGAGCUUUGCAAUAGAAUUUGGGCAAUUUCUGAGUUGUAGAACCAGCUCGAGACUCUUCAGUAGCUGAUGCUUUGCAUGCAUGCAUGGUCCCUUCCACCCAAGUAUAUGUCCUUGGGCCGCCGUGCCCUCGUUCGUUUGUAUGAGUUC